AUGACAGUCAAUUUCAAGUUCAAAUUUGGCCAAGAAACGCGCAGAAUUACGUUCCCAGAUAUACCCUCUUGGGCCUCCCUGUCCGAGAAACUCCAGAGUAUCUACAAUCUACCUCAAGUUGCCGUCGCUGUCUCCUAUGUCGACUCGGACAACGAUGAAAUCACCCUAAAUUCGGAGGAAGAGUUGCAGGAUUACUACCGACAGGCAUCUCGCAGCCAGGGAGAAGUCUACAGGCUCAAUGUCGUUGACCUUUCCAUACGCCGCGGGCGUUCUGCGGGAGUUACUUCCACCCCGCCUGUUCACACCAACCCUUUCGAUCUCGAUGACGAAUGGCAACGCUUUCCUCCUCUCCACCAUCUACACAUGGGAAUGCCAGAAGUUAUCUUGACAAGGUCCAAUUCGCAAAGGUCGGAUGGGGACCACGCCUUUGUUGAGGUGGUGGAAAGUGACCAAAGCAAGGAUUUCCUUGACGCUCAAAGUCUGCGUUCGUCAGGUCAAGCCUCCACCGUACAACAGCCCCUGAGCAAGGGGAAACAGAGGGCCUCCACACCUUCUCGAGGAUCUUCUACCCAAAGCAUAGUAGACGACGACCUUCCAGAGAAGCACGAGAUCCAUGUUCUCGACCGCAACACUUCCAAUGGCGACGGCCAAGAUGAACUCGCCUCCCCCAACGUCGCUGCGCACGCAGCACAUCGAGAGGACCCAUCAGAUCCACCCCUUCCUGAAGUCGAAGCCAUGGCUGCACAACAUCCCUCCGUGUCUCUUACCCAAGAUGUCGCAGCAUUGCUCUCAGCGUUCAACAACGUGGUAAACUCCCAUCCAGAAAUAGCUCUACACCUGGGAAGGGUAAUUCGUAAUGCCAGGCAAGGUACCUACUGGGAAGCGCACCGAGAGGCUCUGUCUCGCAGUGCCAAUGAGCUUGCAGCUUCUGUCGGCGCGACUACGGACGAGUUUCGACGGAAUGCAGAGGCGGAGGCUGCGAGAAGAAUAUCUGAAUCACUAGGGGGACUUUUCCGUGCCCUUUCCAUUGACAACAGGUCAGAAGAACACAGUGAUGGCACUAUGAGGCCAUCUGCAACGUCCCCGCCCAAUCCCCCUGGUCCGCCACCAUUCUUUAGCGGACCUGCAUGGAACAUUUUGUCCAACAUCUCGCGUCGAUCUCACACACCUCCUGUGCGACCGCCUUCGCCUCCACCAGUGCCACCUCCACCUCCCCCGCCUCUCCCGCCCCAUCCCUUCCUUCACAACAACGUCGUACCACCACCCGUUCCACCGGCACCGCCUGUCGCCCCUGUGCCACCUCUUCCCGAGCCUUUUUCAUUAGAGUCGGGGGAUGGCCCCUAUCCUCCGGCUCCUCCUAAAGGGCCGCCUAGAUUUGGCUUAGGUUCCCACAAGCGCGCGAGUACUAGCCGGGACACCAACCCUAACAUCCUUCCCGAUUGGAUUCCGCCCCCUCCACCCAUCCAAGAUCUACCAUCUCAGUCCUCUGACGAUUCUCAAUCCAAACCGUCACCCCAAGAAUUACGGGCCUCUCUCGAGGCUGCGAAAGCGCAGUACAAAGCAGAGAAAGCAAGGUAUCGAAGGGAAAGGGAUGAACGUAAGCGACAGCAUGAGCAACGCAAAGCCUCAGGUUCUGGGUCUGAAGCCCCUCCCAGACCUCCCCCGAUGAGAGCCUCUACUUCGAAAGACUCAGAAAGUUCUCCCUCGGGGCAGAGACCGGAGCGCUCUACUACGUUACUGGUCAGUAACGCCAGAGGACCGUUCCCGCAGCUAGAAAUGGUUAGCAUGAGCCCCCGCCGUCACCGGUCUCUCAACACAGGGAGGGCUAAUGAAGACCCCUACAACCAGUCGUACAACCGCAUAGUCAGGAAGCUGGCCGAUAUGGGGUUCAACGAGACUUCGCACCCUGAUCUUCCAGUCAAGCUUAGAGCUAGGUUGCCCCGAAGCGGAUCAGGCAGUAAAGACGAGGAAGGUCACAUUGUGACUCUCCUUCUGGAGGACCUCGGUGUAUCCAGCGAAAGUUGA